UCUUUCUUUUUAAUAAAUGUAUUAUUAUUUGAAUACUAUUGCUAGAUAUUUGCACAAACAAAUCUGCCUUACAGUAUGUAUCCCCUGUCUCAAUGAGUGCUGUGAGAAAGGCCUGUAGAAGGAGCACAACAACUCACAGACAGAGAAAACUAGCUCUUCCACUUUAACAGCAGCAGACCUGUGGCCACUUCCUAUUUGCACAUUCGAACGAGUGAUCACAAGGUUUGGUGGGUGUUGUAUAUUCUGCAUCGCCUCUGUACAGCUCUCAGACAGUAACUUCAGGCAGAGGGAAGUGACGGCAGGAGAUCACCUAUAUUUCUCCAACAUACAACAUUCAACAUUCCGGUCAUUUGUCAUAUUUUAGGUUUCCAUCAUGGCACAGUCUGGUUCAGGGGGGGACUUCCGUCCAGUGGAGCUGGGUGCACACAAUCCUUCGCAUUCCGAAGUUGACCAGGGUGCAGGGGAGAAACGAGCACAGCAGGAAAAGGGGCAGCCCCAGAAUUCUGAAUCUUCUUCUAACCCACAAUAUCUCCUGCGGAAGUUCUUUGUUGCCAGGCCAGGAGCAUUUGACCAGGCAGUUCAGGAUUUGACAAACCAGUUAUUAGCAAAGGAGAAGGAAACUGUUACCAGUGCCUGGCUGCUAGUAGAAAUUGACCACUGGAACAAUGAGAAGGAACGUGUCGUUCUACUGGCAGACAAAAGCCUUUUUAUUUGCAAAUAUGACUUCAUCAUGUUAUGCAGUCAACAGAUCCAGAAAGUCCCUCUCAAUUUUAUAGACCGGAUAUGCCGUGGUCCAUUCACAUUUCCAGAGAAGUCUGUAGACAAGAGGGAUGGAGAAGGCCUUCGUAUCCACUGGGACAAAUUGCGUGAACCGUCCUUUAUCUCCCGCUGGAACCCUUUGUCUGGUGACCUGCCCUACACCACUUUUAUUGAUCACCCACUGAGGACCUGCUCUGAAAUGUUAUCAGCUAUCAGCCAGAUUUCAGGCUUUGCUGAUCACCUGAUCAAAGCUGUGCAAGACGCGCACAAGGAAAACCCUGUGCCAGGCCGAGCCAAUGGAGCAUUGAUUUUAAAUCAGCCUCUUUUAAUUGAGACAUAUGUUGGAUUCAUGUCCUUCAUCGGAAACCGCAACAAGCUUGGGUAUUCACUUGCAAGAGGCAGUGUUGGUUUUUAAAUAAAUGUCAAUUCACAAAUGUUUUCUAUUCUGCACACUUUAUUUCAAAGAAGAUAGACAACAUUGCACUAAUCUUGUUAUGUUUUUAAUAUCAGAAUGUUCAUAGUAGGACCAGUGCAACUUUCUUUAGCAGUUGAUUGAUACAGAACAUGGAUGACAGGCUAAGUACUGCUGAUGGGACACUGGUGAUGAGUGUACAAUUCAGGGUCGCAUACACAGUAUUACAAGCAUGUGGACAUUCCAGGCAAUGUUGCAUAAAGUGGAAAGUAUGAUACAAGCCAUAAGUAAUCCUCUCUAUUGCAGUUUAUGUUGAAUACAUAUUUUUAUAUGUUCUUUAUACCAGCUGAGAUUGUAAGCGCUUUUGUAAGAACAUUAAUUCGGUUUCACAAUUAAUAAAACAAACUUUCUGUGUA